AUGAGAGCUGUUCAUUUGCGUUCACUGCACUGCAGUUCACAAGACAGCCAUUGCUUACAGUGCAACAGCUAUGACACAGAUAGUCGUUGGGGUGACAGUCAAAGUAGCACCCAAUCCAGUCAAGUUGCGGAAACAAGUGCCAAGCAAUCUCUGAACGAUAUCACAUGCCCAUGUGAAUUUGUAGAUGUAGAGCCAAGGAAAAAUAUCGGGGUUGAAAAAAUUCAAACUGAUGGGAAUAAAAAACAUGGUGAUCCUCCACGUUCAGAUGUAAGUGUCAACACAGAAGUUAUUCAUGAAAGUCGUCUCCAAGAUGCUUCUAGUCAAGCGGAAUUCGAAGAUUCCAAGACAUUGAUGCAUAUGUCCAAAUCCAAUCAAACAUCAACUCCUCGAAUAAAACCAAACAUGGUCAGUGUGGCUACCGAACCAGUUACAUUUGAUUACAGUGGAUUGUGCUGCCGUGCAAAGGAGUCCUUCUCACGUUCAUUAGAACGGAAGUCUUUAUCUUAUCAAGAUGGAAACUCUGGACAUGGUAACCAUUCUGUCAUUUUAGGUCAUUACAGUAGUGAUCCGUUUUUGUUUGAUAACUCAAAGUUGCAUGCACAUCAGUGUGGGUCUUCCAAAAAUUCGACCGGCGGAUUUUUUCAUGCGGGGGAUUCUUCCCAUUUUCUGGACAAGUAUUAUCCGGACCCAGAUCACGAAGAAUGUUCGCGUAGCGCAUGGCUUCAUAACUACAACUUGGUCAACGCUAACCCAGUUUCAGCGGUAGGAAUGGAAACAACAACUAAUUUGGCGGCUCAGCGUAAAGAGACCAAAGAGUGUGGCGAUGAAUAUUUACCUCCUAUUGACAUAUUGGUAUCUAAUACAGGUGCUUCUAACGUUAAUCAAAUGCAAAAUGUAAAUUCCCCUAUCGUGAGUGCCACCAAUGGCAUUACAGUGAACAAUGCCACCAUGACUGUCCAUACGAUUAAUCUCUCUGAUAAGAUGAAGUCGGCAACAAAGUUAGGACAGUUGUCCACUAGUUUGAAUGGCCCACCAAUGUGUAGCGUGUCCGUGGGUAACGAUACACCCUCAGUGGAACGUGGUCUGGUGCGUCCGGAGCGUCACGCAGAUAUGAGUUCUUUGUCGUCUGCUCGAACGAAACAUGUUACUGCUCCGGUAACGCAAGGUAAUACCAAAAGAGGGUCAUCGAAAUCACCCACAGAGAACAAGAAGCCAGUCAAACAAGGUGCCCUACCUGCAUCCAGAGAUUUGCAUCAAUGCCCUACUGGAAGGCACCCGGAUGUAAAAGUGGACAAACCCUGUAUUUGCAUCAUGGUUAAGCGAAUGGUUCUUGCCCAGUCAAAACCAGUGCUAUACUCGUGGCAUUCUCAACUUAACAAAAACCUCACCAGCCAGACCAAAUCCUUAAUAACUGGGGAGAAUUCCGACGCUAAGUGUGUCACUGCGGGCCCAUCCACUACUAAAACGCAUGUGCCUAACUUACCGAACUUCCAACUGGCUCGACCCACACGGAUGGUAAGAGGAGGACAAGGAACCGUAGCCUGGGUCAACCACGUGGGAACUGGACAAUUCUAUGCGCUAAAAUUUAAACAGAGAGAAGGACGAUCCGAUAGCACAUGGGAAAUUGAACGGCGAGAGGCAAAGUUACUGCGGUUCGCUAGGCAUGAAUUUAUUGUGCGCCUAUUUCACAUCUAUGAAACGGAAGAAACAUUAUUCAUGGCACUGGAAUGGUUAGAUGGAGGCUGUCUAUGGAACCAUAUAGCCCGUUUGGGGACGAUGCCAGAGUGUUAUGCAAUUUACUACGGCAGUUGCAUUCUGGCGGCAUUGCGCUACUUACAUACGAAAUGCAUAGUCUACAGGGAUAUGAAAGCAGAGAAUAUAGUAUUGGAUCAUCGCGGUAGACCAAAAUUGAUCGAUUUUGGCAUGGCUAAAAGAUUCAGCAAACCAAUGCGUAACCAAGAUGAUCAUGAUGUCACACUGGACGAUAGCCUACAUGAUUCCGAGGAUUUUGACCAGCCUCCAACAAGAUACUAUUUCGCUGCCUACUUGGCUCCAGAAAUAUACGAUCAGUCUGAGGCCACCAAUCAAUUCAUCGAUUCCUGGGGUUUAGGAUAUAUUUUGGUGGAAAUGAUUCUCGGUUAUGGCAUUUUUCUACCCAUGCCAUGGGAAAAGGAUCCGGGACAACAUUUAAGUGAAAACUGGAAGCUGACUCUUCCUAGUGAUGCAAGCUCAAAAAUGUCCGUCGUCUGUGAGGAUUUUCUAUUCAAAAUGUUACUUCGUCGACCUGAGGAACGAUUGACUUUGGAACAGGCAAGUAAACAUGGUCUGUUUGCUCGUGUACCCUGGUCAAAUCUGAUACACAUCCGAGGGCCAGAUUUGUCCAAAUGUCCUCCGAAAGGAUCCAAUCAAACACAGUCCGGGGUGGCAAACAAUGGACGUAGAUGGAUGACUAAAUAUGAUGCGUUUGCCCAGGUACCAGAUAUGGCAUUUGCACGUGAAUUUUUGGGUCCCUUAUCCACUUCAAAUGUGAUCUUUGCGAACCAACUGACCGGACAAGCUCAACGUCGAAACAAAACAGUGCGGGUACCGACAACGCGGAAUACAGCUCAAACAGGCUACGAUGCCCGAAGUGCGGUUCAAGAUUUAGACAAGAGUCGUUCGACUGCGGUCUCAUCUCGACCACGCAAUGUGAAUGUUGGCGGAGCAGUUGAAAUUCGCACCAUCACAGUCAACAAUAUGGAGACAAAAAAGGAUGGGAGCAAAAUCAGUCGAACAAAUCGCAAUGCAGGGUUUUCUGCCAAUUAG